AUGGCCCUUAGACUUUUGUCCACACGUGUUGUCCGUCCCUUCGCUCCUGCCCUCCGUUUGGCAGCAGUCCGUGGCUAUGCCACCAAGUAUUACACCAAGGAACACGAAUGGCUCUCCGUUGAGGGUGAUAUCGGUACCCUCGGUAUCACUGAUCACGCUCAACAGUCUUUGGGUGACAUCGUCUUUGCUGAAACCCCCGAAACCGGUGACAAGGUCGAAGUUCACUCUGGCAUUGGUGCCAUUGAAUCCGUCAAGGCUGCCAGCGAUAUCUAUGCUCCCGUCUCUGGCGAGAUUGUCGAUGUCAACAGCGCCUUGGCUGACGAACCCAGCCUGUUGAACAGCUCCCCUGAAGCUGAUGGCUGGUUCGCCAAGAUCAAGCUCGCCAACCACGACGAGCUCAAGGAAUUGUUGGACGAAAGCGCUUACAAGGCUCUCUGCGAGGCUGAAGAACACUAG